AUGCCUCCACACGGUCAUCAUCAUCAUCACCAUGGUCACCAUGGUCACCAUGAACAUAUUACAAUCACUCCAGUUUAUGCACCACCACAAGUUGUUCAACCAAUUUAUGCACCACCACCAGUUGUCCAACCAGUUUAUGUUCAACCACCAGUAGUUUAUCCACAAGCUACAAUUGUCUUAGAAACUGGUCACCACCAUGGACAUCAUCAUCACCAUGGCCAUCAUGGUCAUCAUGAUCAUCACCACCACGGUCAUCAUGGUCACCACUAA